GGGCAUCUGACUGGUGCUAAUGCAAUUUUUGGAUUUAAUUCAUAAACACGUUGGUUGUUAAUCAACAGGAAAUAUUUCUGUAUUUUUAAAAAAUGCACGUCUUAAUCUUAAAUUUAAACUAAGAUGAUUUACUAUUUAUAAUUAAAUAUAUAUAUUUAAGCAAUAUAGUAGGCUGCGAGUGGGGUAGGUAAGGGAUAUUCCCACGGGUGGUGUUCGGCCGUAGGUAACAGCAGGUAACAAUAUCCCUUACCUACCCCACUCGCACGAGUACUAUAUUGCUUUUAUAAAACAAUUUUAUAUUCAACCAAUUAACAUUUCAACACGAAGUUAUUGAUUUAAAAAAUGUUAAUUUCACCAUUGUUUCUCCGCAACAAAAAAUAGUUCCAGUCAACGUCUUGGUUUGGAAUUACAAGAACUAACAGUUAUCAUCAGCGCGCUUUAGAAUGUUUCAUCGCAGAGUGAUUUAUUAUUAGCUGUGAAAGUCCGAGUUGGGAUGUCCUGGGAUAUUCCAACUCAUGGAACGUCUCUCGUCCAAUCAGAAACGGCUUAAUAACUCGAUAGAACCCAAUUGUUUUAUAAUAUGUAUAUAUAUUAUGUAUGCUAAACAUCAUACCUACACCCCCCCACCCCCCCAGACUGGAUCGUCUUUUGGUCGAAAAAUGAUGACUGGAUAUCUAUCCACAAAAGGGGUUAAAGCUUCUGAAGGCAGAGUGGGCAAUGUGUUGAGAAGUAUUCAUCAACCCUACCACAUUGCAAGACAGCAGGGUGCCCGGAAUCUGAACCCCAUACCCUACAAUGCAGAAUACAUGGGUCACAAGCUGCAUGUAGAUCAGAAUGAGAAGCUUGUUAUGUUUGGAGUGACUCAUGUUAUGGCUAUCGAUGGUUUCAGCAAGAAGGUGGUCGGUCACUCCACCAUGCCAAUAAAGAACAACAUCGUGAUUUAUGAGGAAGUGUACCGGCCUGCUGUUCUUUCCUAUGGAAUAUGGGACCAGGUCAGAGUUGACUGUGGGAAAGAAUUCUAUCUGGCUUUAUUCAUCCAGGAAAAACUGGCAGAACAUCGACACAAUACUCAAAGGCAGCCCUACCUUCAGACACCUUCUACAAGGAACCAUGUGAUAGAGAGAAUGUGGUCGGAGGUGAAUGCUCGAGUCAACUACCCUUUGAAGACAGCUCUGGUACAGCUGGUGGACCAGGAGGAACUGGACAUGGAGGACAACACAUCCAGGUAUUGUGUGUCAAACCUGACAUGCCAGCUGGCUAGGAUUGGCAUCACAAAUGUCGUACAGGCAUGGAAUGCACACAGGAUCCCAGGAAGGGGAAUACCAAACGAACUGGCUAAAGAAGGGUGUCCUGCAAAACUUUCUGAGGACCUUCUGCCAGUCGGUGCAGUUGCAGCUGACCUGUAUCAGCAGGAAAUGGGAUCAGCCUUGAAAAGAGAAUCCAUUUUUGGAAGUGAUCCUUUCCCCUCUGAAGAAGCCCAACAAUGGACUGAAACUGAGUUUGGUUCUCUCUUUGAUUUGCUAUCCCUCUUCCAAAAUGUGGUUAACCAUAACUAUGGCCCUUUUAAAAAUGCAGUGAGGUCUCUGAUUGAUAUCACCUCAAGACAUGUGCGACCUGUUACACAGUGACCUGCAAUGGUCAAUGAAGAAGCAGUAUACCAAAAAUAACAUUUUAUUACAACAAUGAUAAAGUGGAAGUUGUCUUUUUUUUCUUUUCUUUUUUUUAAAACGGUCACACACAAUAUAAACAUUACAACAAACAACAUCUUUCUGGUCAUGUACCCAUAAUAACAUCCAACAAACAAACUGAGGUAGUUCCAGUAAUGUAAACAUAACAAACAAUAACAAACAAUUAUCUAUCAAAUCAAAUCAAUUUCUCUCUCCUUGAAAAGUGACAAGGCAGCAGAGAGACCCUUCACUUCAUGUAUUUUAUUUUCAAAGUCUCCUGCCCUGCAUUUCAAGCAGUGGUCUGAUGUGACUAACCACAGCUCCACACAGGUACGACAUCCAAUUAUCGAUUCACAGCAUGUGGCGAACAUGGGAUCUGCCAUUACAGCUGCAAGGUUAAAAAAAUAUAUAUUAUAAAUUGAUGCAGAAAAUAACAUUUAAUUGUUAGUUGCAAUAUAGAAGGAAAUUAACUAAGCAAUCAGAAGUGUGUUUUAUCGCAGAGUGAAUGUUGAAGAUGGCGAUGAACACCCGUGACAGCUGGUCAGCGCAGUGCUUGAGGGUGGCAGGCGGCUAUGUUUUGUACUGUAGAAUGACCUACUGUUACAUAUCUUACACGUACCUUUACACACAAGACAUGCAAAGGCUUCCUUUAAGGGCUGCAAACCGACAUUUGCCAUUAUCUCCUCCUUUUGAGACUUGGCCAGCUGAGACAGCUGGUUGAUUGAAUUAGUGACCUCUUGGAGACUCCCGGCGGCUUGCUUCAGCUGGUCAACACGUCCAAGGACCUCCUGCAGGCUUGAAUCUCCAUCCCUUCG